AUGGACCGACUGCUACCCGAUGGCGUGCUCGCGGACAUCCUCCGCCGUCUCCAGCCGCGCAGCCUCGCCCUUUCACGCUGUGUCUGCAAGUGUCUCCGCGACAUCGUCGACGACCACCGCCUGCUUCAUGCGGACCUUCUCCCGCUGUCGCUGGGCAAGAUCGUCGCCAACUUCGAGGGUAUGGAAAUCUCAGAAUUCUUCUAUCCCGUCAAGGGUCCGGCGGCCAUCUCACACAGGCACAGCACCCUCUCCGGCAUAAUUGUCGACCACUGCAAUGGCCUUCUCUUGCUUAAAUUCGUUGACGUCUAUGUGGUUAAUCCUGUCACGCUUCAAUGGACACUUUUGCCCCCACCCCCGUCCCCGUUGGCGGAGAUGAAGGCCUUCUACCUAAUGAAUGGGGUCAGGUAUCUUGUGUUUGAUCCUCUGGUCGCGCCGCACUAUGAGGUCUUCUUGAUUCCCCAUGUUCCAUGGAGAGAUGAGCUGGGCCUUUUGUCACAGGAAUUGGAGUGGCCACCAUCGCCAUUUAUCUUGUUGGUUUAUUCUUCAAGAACAAAGCAUUGGGAGGAGAGGCCCUUUGUUCGCAAAGGGGAUGCAAUGGGGUCUAUUGCCGAUGUGCUGCAAGCCGGAAAGAGAGAGAAGCACUAUGGUGUCUACAUGCACGGAGCACUUUAUGUGCAUUGCCAAAAUCAUCACUUUUACAAAAUAUCACUAUCGGAUGGUCAAUACCAAGUAAUUAAACCUCUGCCGGGUAUCGGGACAAGCGAUCGCUGUCAAGUUUAUUUGGGGAAAUCACGGGACGAGGUGCGUUGUGCAAUUGUAGACUGUCCGUAUCAACUUCGGGUUUGGAUGAUGGAUGAAUCUUAUGGACAAUAUGAGUGGGUGUUGAAGCAUCAUAUUGACCUUAUGCACGUGAUGCAAAGACAAGACAAUCAACAAGUCGACCGCCCAUCUUCUUUACAAGAAGAGAGAGAAUGUUAUUAUGAUGAUGAUGAUGUUAGCACUCACACCGUGAAAGGUCCAGAAGAGUCUGAUUAUGAUUUCUUUAUGAGAGCACACCUUAAGUUAGGACCUGCGGCGAAGAAAACUCGACGUGAAUAUUGUCACAUUGCUUUUCUCGGAUUCCAUCCUUUCGACAAAGAUGUCGUCUUCUUGACGGACGGAUCACGACAAGGAUUUGCCUAUCAUCUGGAGAGCUAUAGAGUUGAGCACCUAGAAAAGAUAACACGAUGGACCGAACCUGUCUUUCACAACACACAAGCAUUUGUAAACGAGUCUUUUCCUUUCACGCCUUGUUUGACUGGAGAAUUGUCUAGAGAUAUGUAA